AUUGACUGGAGGGGUGAUUAACUGGUUCUGUAAAUGUAUUAUUGUCCAAAUUGUAGCAUGAGUGGUCGUAACAAGACUAAAUGUAUGUAUUAUGCUGAAGAAAGAACACAGCUGAUCCUACUCUGGGACCCUCCUUAUUUUGCCAAGUAACUCUUGUUGGCUUCUUCUGUCUCUGUGAACUACAUAAAAUAGAAUCAUUUGCUUAGGUUAUUGUAUGAAAAAAUAAUACAGAAGAUUUGUACAUUAUUACCUUAAAGGUCCAUCUGUGUAGCUCUGGAAUCCAGUGUAAAUAAAAGAAUGAAAGCUCAAGCCAUGACAGAACAGAAACAAUAGUAUUCUUGGUGUUUUUUCUGUAUCAUUUCACAUGCAGUUGUUGUUAAUUUUACAUAUAUCUUGACUAUAUAGCUUUAAAGUGGCUUGUAUUAGUUUUCAAAAACCUUAAUAUCUCAGAGGGUAACAAGACAAAGAAGACAGAUGGUUUGGAACAGAACAGUGUUUGAUUAAAAUGAAACAGAUUUUAAACUGAAAAGUCUACUUUUAAACCAACAAAUAAACCAUACUACAUUUCAAAUAACAGGGCACAAUGUGUCAUACAAAGGAAAGAUUGUUUAGGUCAUCACCAGUUUGACUCUUUCUUUGCUAAAGAGGUACUGUGAAGUGGAGUGGGAAAUCACAGAAGAAAUGUUUGUUUCCUCGAGCAUCAGGAGAUAAUUUUCAUGUGUUAAUGAAUUAUCACAGAAUAAACACCACAGAGGGAAUUGGUAGCAAGUUUAUCAUUAUUUUUUGUUGCCAGAUCUCAAGGACUAGCCUUGAGUCUCUAAUAUGUGGGUCAUCUCCAUCUGGGGUGGAUACAUUCUCCAAUUUUGGUGGGCUCCUCUCCAGUGAAGGCAAAGAAUUGUGGGCAGACAAUCUUUUGUCUGCCCACAAUCCUUUGUAGCAAGUUUCUGGCAGAACAGCAGCUUGCCACAGUUUCUACAAAAUAAUCCAUUUGUUUCUACAAUUUGCAAAGAAUCUUAAGGAGGUUCAUAUAUUUGCUUAAUUCAUUUCCCUUAACCCUUCGUUAUUGCACUUCCAGGGCUUCCUCUCUACUCUGCAAGUAGCUCAGAUUGAAUGUUCUUGAUCCUGUCUCUCUAAAAAGUGAGACGCUGAGCUGGUACCAAUCUCUUUAAUUAAGGUUUCUGUCUUAAUUUGUAAACAUGAAAAUAUAAUAUCUGUGAAUGGCCAAACUUGGUUGGCACUUAAUUUGUAAUGGUUACUGAUAUCACAAGGAUCUUUCCCUAGGUCUCAGAUUAGGUCUGGAAACUAUCCAGGCCUGGAACAAUCUUGAGCGGAGAACCCUGCUUGACAGGUACUAAUUACCCACCUUAUCACAUGGAGAAAUUUCCACCUCAUAGAACACUUCAACCUCUUUUCAAGCAUGGAGAGGCACGGAGCUCAUCACAUGUUCCAGGGUUGAAAAGAAGCAGAAAUGUCCUGAAAGGGGGGAACUCUGAACAUGAGCCAGCAACAUGAACCAGUUCUUCCUAACCAUGCAGAUACAACUGAGGAUGUCACUGUAGUAUAUGGCAUUGAAGGGAAGCCCAUCUCCAUCAACUGCUCUUACAACCUCAAAGAGAACCAGUGGAGGGAGAAAAGUUGGUGCAAACACAUCAGCGAGACCAAGUGUCAGCAUGUUGUUAGUGCCCGGCGCUUUUGGAUGCCAUUCCUCAAGAGGAGAAAUGGCACCACUGCCAUUGCUGACAAUAUCUAUGAAGGGAUCCUUACAGUGACCAUCAACCCACUCAAGAAAAAAGAUGCUGGUCUUUACCAAUGUAAGACAGACUUCCUAGGGGUUGUGAAUACCCUCCAGAAGGUGAAAGUGAACGUCCUAACAGACUUAUGGGAGACUGAAGCACCAGAGGAGCCCAGAGUAGAGCAAAGCAUCUCCAGCACCCCAUCAGAUACAGAAACCAAACUUCACAUCAUUGUGGCUGGACUCCUGGGCUUCAAAUUCUUGAUUGCUGUCCUCAUUCUAAUUAUUGCCCGAAGCCUGAAGAAUAGAACAACAGAAGAUGGGUACAGAAGAGAAAAUGAGCACCAGCUCUUCCCAGUCACAGGAAAUGGCUAUUACAGCUGAAGAUAAUGGAAGAAAGGAAAACAACAAGCAAGACUUCACAGGGAUAUAUAUGUAGAAGUGGAUCCAACAGGCAAGACAAAAAGACUGGUUUGCUCUAUCCUGCUUUCCACAUCCACUGCAAGGACUGCUCUGGUUUUGCCUGCUUUGCCCUGCAUCUCACAGAAUACUAAAUAUAAAUUUAAGUGAUUGUCGGUGAAUCAUUAAUUUAGAUUACAAUUAGCAUCUUAAGGAACUGACUAUAAAAUCAUAGGAUUGUAGCUUUUAAAAGAAUCUUAAGAACCAUCUAAUUCUACCUCUGCCAUGCAGGAAUCCACAGUUAAAGCACCUCUGAAAGGUGGCCACCCAAAUUCCAUUUAAAAACAUCAGAUGAAAGGCAGUCUACUAAAGUCCUCCUUAAGACCACAACAUCAGCUUUAACUUUUGGACGGUUUUGACUCCUGCUCCAUCCCCUGCUUAUUUUAUCACCAAGCCUCUGGGAGAGCUCAAAAUCCUGCAUGGUUUUUUAAAAAUGGUUUUCAUCAUUUUAAAUGGUCAUACAUUUUGGCUUAUUUUGCUAUAGUGAAUGUCAAAUGAAUACUCCAUGCCAAUGCACUUUUCAUUAUACUAUAUGUAGGGAAGAAUCUAUAGGGCAGAGCUUUCCAAACUAUGCAUUACUGUAUUGUGUCAGCUGCAGUGUGUAGGGACCUCAUCAUACAGAUGCCCCUCUUUCCAUGAUGCUCUGUUUCACCAGCAAUCACCAGUGAAAUGAAAGGCACCUGUGGUGCCUCGUGGUGACCUGCACGGCCUCCCUCCUUCCCCAAUCAUAUGGGAGCAUCAGGAUAAGGCGCGUUGGCACCCUGUCCCUUCCCCCAUCAAACAGAGGAAACCCAUGUUGCCAUGCUGCUGUUUCCCCCAUCAGAUGGGGGGAAAGGGCGAAAACAGCAGGGAGCUCAGUCAGAGCUACCCAAAAAUCAACUUACCUUCUGUUGUGCUCAGCAGGCUCUAUGGCUGAAAAGGAACAAGGGGCCAAUUUCUCCUUGCAUGAUAAAGUGGUAGUUGUAUUGCACAAAUGUAGUAAGAAACUUUAGAGUCUAUGUGAAAUUAAAAAUAAAUCAUUUAUUUUGAAUAUAUAAAUAUGUUGUGUCCCCAUACAUUGCAUUAUUAAAAUUUACGUAUGUGUCUGUAUCUGUUAUAAGGGAUUAGUUUAACCUCCAGUUUGUUAGUAAAACUGAAUUACUGUGUCACAAAAUGGUGUAUGUCUAUAACAUGUAUCACCAACAUGAAAUGUUUGAAAAGGUCUGCUAUAGAGUCUAAGAACAAAUGCAGCAUCCCCCUCUCUCUUUUCUUUUGCAAAAGGCAUGUGUAGAGAAAUACAGUAAAGACUGCAAUGAAAUGAAAUUGAGUCCCCUCGGGUGAGAAGGGCGGGGUAUAAAUAAUUGAAAUAAAUAAAUAAAUGUACUUUAAUGCAAGUACUUGAAAUGAUUGAAUAAAGGUGGACUUCAUUGCGGACAGUUAA